AUUACUAAGGCUGAUGUUACAACAGAGGCGGCAUCACCUAUUGAUACUGUGGCACCAACAGAUUCUGAUAUUACUAAGGCUGAUGUUACAACAGAGGCGGCAUCACCUAUUGAUACUGUGGCACCAACAGAUUCUGAUAUUACUAAGGCUGAUGUUACAACAGAGGCGGCAUCACCUAAUGAUACUGUAGUUCCAACUGAUUCUGAUAUUACUAAGGCUGAUGUUACAACAGAGGCGGCAUCACCAACUGAUACUCUGGCACCAACUGAUUCUGAUAUUACUAAGGCUGAUGUUACAACAGAGGCGGCAUCACCUAAUGAUACUGU